AGUCAUCCUGCUAAUUCAUCAGCUUUGCACAUUUGAAUAACAACACAUCAUGGCCCCUGGGAUUCUGUAUAAAAGGGCCCUGGAAUCAUGGAGUUGGCAGAGCAAGUUGAACCAUCCACUGGGAACAACCUAAACCACCAUCAUGGGCAAGAUCGUCUUCUACGAGGAGAGGAACUUCCAGGGUCGCUCCUAUGAGUGCAUGAGCGACUGCUCCGACAUGUCCUCCUACCUGAGCAGGUGCCAGUCCUGCAGGGUGGAGAGCGGCUGCUUCAUGGUCUACGAGAGGCCCAACUUCAUGGGCAUGCAGUUCUUCCUGAGGAGGGGCGAGUACCACGACAUGCAGCGCAUGAUGAGCAUGGGAAUGAUGUUCGACUCCAUCAGGUCCUGCAGGAUGAUCCCCUUCCACAGAGGACAGUUCAGGAUGAAGAUCUACGAGAGGGAGAACUUCGGAGGUCAGAUGAACGAGCUGAUGGACGACUGUGACAACAUCAUGGACCGUUACCGCAUGUCCGACUGCAUGUCCUGCAACGUGAUGGACGGCCACUGGCUGAUGUACGAGCAGCCCCACUUCAGAGGCAGGAUGAUGUACCUGAGGCCCGGAGAGUACCGCAGCUUCAGGGACAUGGGAAUGAGCGGCAUGAGGUUCAUGAGCAUGAGGCGCAUCACCGACAUGUGUUAGACUUCUGUCCCUGAAAUAA